AAUAUUACCAGUAUAAGAAUCGGUGGACUACGAGCGACUAGUCUCAGUAUUCCGGAUAACCCGUACGCGUUAACACACCCACAGACUUAAGAAUCUUGACAAAUCUUAAAAUUUCUUGGCUUAUAUUUAAUAUUUGACACGCCAAAGAUCCUACUAAAAUGCGUGAAUGUAUAUCAGUUCAUAUCGGACAAGCCGGUGUACAGAUCGGCAAUGCUUGCUGGGAACUGUAUUGCUUAGAGCAUGGAAUCCAACCAGAUGGACAAAUGCCCUCUGACAAGACAAUUGGAGGUGGAGAUGACAGCUUUAAUACUUUUUUCAGUGAAACCGGAGCAGGGAAACAUGUCCCAAGAGCUGUGUUUGUUGACUUGGAACCAACUGUCGUUGACGAAGUGCGUACUGGCACUUACAGGCAGUUGUUUCAUCCAGAACAGCUGAUCACCGGCAAAGAGGACGCGGCCAACAACUAUGCCAGAGGUCACUACACUAUUGGCAAAGAAAUAGUGGACAUCGUGUUGGACCGAAUCCGCAAAUUAGCCGAUCAGUGCACUGGCUUGCAAGGUUUUCUAGUGUUUCACUCAUUCGGGGGAGGCACCGGUUCCGGGUUUACGUCAUUGCUAAUGGAGCGGCUCAGUGUGGAUUAUGGCAAAAAGAGCAAGUUGGAGUUCUCUAUUUACCCAGCGCCUCAAGUGUCUACUGCCGUAGUGGAACCGUAUAACUCUAUACUCACCACGCACACCACCCUAGAACAUUCCGAUUGUUCUUUCAUGGUAGAUAAUGAAGCUAUCUAUGACAUAUGCCGUAGAAACUUAGACAUCGAGAGACCCACUUACACGAAUCUCAAUCGACUUAUCGGUCAAAUCGUUUCUUCUAUCACUGCGUCGUUGAGAUUUGACGGCGCCCUCAAUGUGGAUCUCACAGAAUUUCAGACCAACUUGGUUCCGUACCCACGAAUCCACUUCCCUUUGGCUACGUAUGCGCCUGUGAUAUCCGCCGAGAAGGCUUAUCACGAGCAAAUGACUGUAGCUGAAAUCACCAAUGCGUGUUUUGAACCGGCCAAUCAAAUGGUGAAGUGCGAUCCCAGACACGGCAAGUAUAUGGCAUGCUGCAUGUUGUACAGAGGCGACGUGGUACCCAAAGACGUAAAUGCGGCCAUCGCCACGAUAAAGACCAAACGGACCAUACAAUUUGUGGACUGGUGUCCAACUGGGUUUAAAGUAGGUAUCAAUUAUCAGCCGCCCACAGUGGUGCCUGGCGGUGACUUGGCCAAAGUUCAACGUGCAGUGUGCAUGUUGUCUAAUACAACGGCCAUAGCUGAGGCAUGGGCCCGUCUCGACCACAAGUUCGAUCUCAUGUACGCUAAACGAGCGUUCGUUCAUUGGUAUGUCGGAGAAGGUAUGGAAGAGGGUGAGUUUAGUGAGGCCCGCGAGGACUUGGCUGCUCUGGAAAAAGACUACGAGGAAGUAGCCACUGAUUCAGCCGAUGGUGGCGACGAAGGUGAUGAAUACUAAAGUGAUGGGUCUACCGAUUGUAUGAAUUCCAUAACUUGUUUAUGGACACCACAGUGUUUGACGUAACUUCAGAUUUACUGGCAAAAUCACAAUAUUUUAUUUUCAGAUAAAUAACAGUUUAUCAGACAAUUUUAAAUUAACUUUGUUUACUGUAUUUACCAAACUCUGUUUGAUAAAUAUAUUGAAAUUCACUUUUAAUCGAAAGAAAAUUUUGUAAAAAAUAUUGAGAUAACUCAUUUAAUUAAUUUUACCGCAACAAUUAAACACACAACUAACAUUAUUGCUUAUAUAUUUUUAAAGGAUAUUUUAAAGCGUAUUUUUAAAAAAUAAGAUUUUUUGCACAUCCUAGAAUUCAAGAUAAUUAGUUUGUAAGAAAAAUUUCCAGUUACUAAACGAUUUAAUUUAGAAUUUAUAUAAAAUGUAUUUUUUUUAUUCUAAGUGUUUUACAUUUAAAAUUUUUCAAAUUAUAAUUUAGUUAAUCGAAAAUCAAUUUUAAUUUUAUAAAACAGAUAAGUAAGUGUCAAUUGUAAACGCUAGAUAUAAGUUAUCGAACAAACAAUACACUUUUAAAUUCAAUUAGUUUUAAUUAGCAGUUAGCCAAUUGGCUUGGUUUGUAUUUUACUCGAUCGAGUUUUUAAUUGAAAUUAAAAAGAUACGAGUACCUAAUUUGUCUUUAUUUAUAGGUACAACAUGAUAUUGCACGUAUGAUACGUAUUAUAAGGUGCACUGAAUUACAUUUAAUUAUAGACAGUUUAAUUGAAUAAUGGAAAAAAAAACAUAUCUCGUUUUUCAGGCAACAGUAAUUAUUUCUAUCCAAUUUUACCAUGUAAUUAUCAGCAUCGAAUGUUGAAUUAUACAAUUAUAAACAACACAACAGUUAAUUAUUUUCAACAUAAUUCAUUUUAAUUAACUUAAUGUAUUAUGUUAUUAAGUUAAAUUGACAAAAUUUAGUUUUAUUGGUGGAAAUACAUUUUAAUUUUCAAUAUUCUAAGAAAUAAAAAUAUAAAAUAAAAUUCAGUGUUUAAGUUUUAUUUAGAUUUGAUUAAGCACUGGUAUAUUCAAUUUUAAAAGUGUAUCGGGAAUUAUUUUGUUGAAUUUUCAAUGGGAAAAAUGACAAUUGAAUUAUAUAAAAAUACAUUUUAUACAAGAACAUUACUUUAAAAAUUAGCUUUUGUUGUAAUUAAAUGAUCAUAGAACAAAUAAAUUCUUUAGGCUUGAUUUUUUACUUAUUGUCAUAAUUAUUAAUUAAGUUACAAAAAGUUCAAUAGUUGAAGAUUUCAUAUAUUUGAAAAUAAUAUUUUAUUGUAAUGAUUUUCAAUUGUCUCUCUUU